AUGUCGGAGCCCAAAACCAAGUACGAUCGUCAACUCAGGAUUUGGGGGGAGUUAGGGCAAGCGGCUUUGGAAGACGCGAGUAUCUGUUUGCUGAAUUGUGGUCCUACUGGCUCCGAGGCGUUGAAGAAUCUCGUACUUGGUGGAGUUGGGAGUUUCACAAUCGUUGAUGGAUCCAAGGUUGAAAUUGGAGACCUCGGAAACAAUUUCAUGGUGGAUGACACGAGUGUUGGGCAAUCAAAAGCUAAAUCUGCCUGUGCGUUUCUUCAAGAGCUUAAUGAUGCUGUUAAAGCCAAGUUUAUUGAGGAGAAUCCUGUCACUUUGAUAAACAAAAAUCCGUCUUUCUUCUCUCAGUUCACUCUGGUUAUAGCCACUCAGCUGGUGGAAGAUUCAAUGGUGAAACUUGAUAGAAUCUGUAGAGAAGCAAACGUCAAGUUGGUUUUUGUUCGCUCUUACGGCCUUGCUGGAUUUGUUCGCGUAUCUGUAAAGGAGCACACUAUAAUUGACUCAAAGCCUGAUCAUUUUCUUGACGACCUUCGCUUGAAUAAUCCAUGGCCUGAACUCAGAAGUUUUGUGGAGACCAUUGAUCUAAAUGUAUCAGAUCCCGUUGCACAUAAGCACAUACCUUACGUCGUCAUUCUUGUGAAGAUGGCUGAUGAAUGGGCUCAAUCCCAUAGUUGUAAUCUUCCCUCGACCAGGGAAGAGAAAAGAGAGUUUAAGGAUUUGGUUAAGUCCAAGAUGAUAUCUAUGGAUGAAGAUAACUACAAAGAAGCCAUGGAGGCCGCUUUCAAAGUUUUUGCUCCUCGUGGAAUCAGCUCAGAGGUUCAACAAAUUAGUAAUGAUAGUUGUGCUGAAGUGAGCUCAAAUUCCUCAGAUUUUUGGGUGAUGGUAGCAGCUCUGAAGGAGUUUGUCUCAAACGAAGGUGAUGGAGAGGCACCCCUUGAAGGCUCUAUACCAGAUAUGACGUCGUCAACAGAACUCUAUAUCAAUUUGCAGAAAAUAUAUCAAGCGAAAGCCGAGGCUGAUUUUCUUGUCAUGGAGGAACGAGUUAGAUAUAUUUUAAAGAAAAUGGGUCGAGAUCCAAGCAGCAUCUCAAAACCAACAAUCAAGAGCUUCUGUAAGAAUGCAAGAAAACUUAAAGUAUGCAGAUAUCGAAUGGUAGAGGACGAGUUCAGCAAUCCAUCGGUAACCGAAAUUCAAAAGUGUUUAGCAGACGAGGACUACAGUGGUGCAGUGGGAUUUUAUAUUCUUCUUAGAGCGGUGGACAGAUUUGCUGCCAACUACAACAAGUUUCCUGGACAGUUUGAUGGAGGAAUGGAUGAGGACAUUUCUAGGUUAAAAACUACUGCCUUGAGUCUUCUUACCGACUUGGGCUGUAACGGCACAGUUCUGCCUGAUGACCUUAUCAAUGAGAUGUGUCGCUUUGGUGCCUCAGAGCUUCAUGUGGUUGCUGCCUUCAUUGGAGGAAUCGCGUCUCAAGAAGUCAUCAAGCUUGUCACAAAGCAGUUUGUUCCGAUGUUGGGGACUUACAUCUUCAAUGGCAUUGAUCACAAGUCUCAGUUAUUGACACUGUAG